AGCGCGCACACGCACGUCCGCCGUUCGUGGGAGGAUGAGCGUGGUCUGAAUAUUUCCAAUUCAAAUAGAUAGGUAUUUUUUUCCCUUCAUUUUAUUAUAAAACAGAGAGGGAGAGGGGAAGGUGUGAUAUAUGCGCCAGGGACGCGACUGAGUGACGGUACAGACGGACACUUCUUCUCAUCAAACAUGUGGGAGCAGGACGAGUUCGCCAAACACUGGAGGAAUGAGUUUCCAGACGGAGAGGUUCCCGACAUGGACCUGAACUCCGUGGAGGACGUGGAGUCGGAGCUGGAGGCGUGCAAAGCCAAGCUGAAGGGGCUGCAGAAGGCGCUGGCGGAGGAGAAAUUCAAGGUGAUCUACCUGCAGACCACCGUGGCCCGGCGCAGGAAGCCCGAGCCGGGGGGCUUCCAGGGCAAAGAUGAGAACUUCAACGCGGAAACAUUCGGCUUUUCUAAGACGGGGGGGCCUCGGAAACCGCAGCGGAGGGACGACGAAGGCGGCGGCGGGAGCGGCGGCAGCAGGGACCCCGGGGGAGCGAAGCCUCCGCCGGCCGGCGGCGGCUCCUUCGGCCGGGAGCGCGGCAGGUUCAGCGGGAGGGCCGGCAUCCCGGUCCCCAUCCCCGUCCCGCCGGCCCCCAAAGGCGUCCCCGCCAUCGUCACCCACGCCAAUGACAACGACAAGAGCAGCGACCGGGAGUACGAGGACGCGGAGCUGAACCACAACUUCGUCAGGAAUAACUUGUUGACGCCGAAGAGCGUCGGCGGGGACGGCCAGAGGACGUUCAACCUGCACCGGGACAACCGCAGGAUGUUCCGCCACAGCAGGGACCUGGACUCCUGCGAGGAAGGCAGGCAGUCGCCCUCGUUCCCCCAGACCCAGCUGAGAGCCUCGCAGGGAUCCCGCUGCAGCACCCCCGACAGGAAGAGCGAUGGAUACCUGAGCUCCGACCACGACGACGACUCCUCUGCAGACUUUAACUAUAACACAGAUGGCUAUGAGGGGGACGGAGCAGAGGAUGGCAAGUCCCAGGAUGGCUCGGAGACACUGCCCUAUAUAGACGAAUCUCCCACCAUGUCACCCCAGCUGUGCGCGCCCCAGGGGCCUGAUGGAGAAAGUGUCUCCCCCACACCACCAGAGGGCCUGCUGCCUGGGGGAAACAUUGAGAAAGGACUGGAGAUGAAGAAACUGGUGCUGUCUGGUUUCCUGGCCAGCGAGGAGAUCUACAUUAACCAACUGGAGGCACUGUUACUGCCCAUGCGGCCCCUGAAAGCCACAGCCACGACAUCCCAGCCCGUCUUGACCAUCCAGCAGAUAGAGACCAUCUUUUACAAAAUCCAGGACAUCUUUGAGAUCCACAAAGAGUUCUACGACGCCCUGUCACCCAGCAUCCAGCAGUGGGACGAGAAGGUCACCGUGGGACAUUUCUUCCAGAAGCUGGCCAGCCAGCUGGGGGUGUACAAGGCCUUUGUGGACAACUAUAAAGUGGCACUAGAGACGGCGGAGAAAUGUAGCCAAGCGAACAGCCAGUUCCAAAAGAUAUCUGAGGAUCUCAAAGUAAAGGGCCCUAAGGACUCUAAAGAUUGCACCACAAAAAUUUCAAUGGAAGCACUCCUUUACAAGCCGAUCGACCGUGUUACCAGAAGCACCCUGGUCCUUCAUGACUUGCUGAAACACACUCCGAAGGACCACCCAGACUUCCCACUCCUGCAGGAUGCUUUGCGAAUUUCUCAAAACUUCCUCUCCUCCAUCAAUGAGGAGAUCGACCCCCGCAGGACUGCCGUCACUACACCCAAGGGAGAGGCCCGUCAGCUGGUGAAAGAUGGGUUUCUGGUGGAGGUGUCUGAAAGCUCCAGGAAACUACGACACGUCUUCCUCUUCACCGACCUGCUGCUCUGUGCCAAGAUGAAGAAAACAGCUGGCGGUCGCCAUCAGCAGUAUGAGUGCAAGUGGUACAUCCCUCUGGCAGAUUUAACUUUUCAAACCCUGGAUGAUUCAGACUCCUGUCCAAGCAUUCAAGUCCUACCGGAGCACGAGAUCGAGGAGAUCAAAAUGAAGAUCUCAGUCUUAAAGAGUGAAAUACAGAAAGAAAAGAAAGCACCAAAGGGUCAGAGCCGCGUUGAGCGAAUGAGGAAGAAAAUGAACGAACAAGAGUCUUGGUUGCUCCUGCACUCCCCCACCAUCCCCUUCCGUAUCCACAACAAAAAUGGAAAGAGCUUUCACUUCCUUCUCUCUUCUGACUAUGAGAGAUCAGAGUGGAGAGAAAGCAUCCAGAAACUCCAGAAGAAAGAUCCACAUGGAUGCGUAUUAAGUUCUGUGGAGCUCCAGGUCCUGACCAGCUCUUGUUUCAAACUCCGCACCGUCCACAACAUUCCUGUCACUAGUAACAAAGACGAUGAGGAGACUCCUGGCCUGUACGGCUUUCUGCAUGUGAUCGUCCACUCUGCCAAAGGAUUCAAGGAGUCAGCCAAUUUAUACUGCACACUUGAAGUGGAUUCAUUUGGGUACUUUGUCAGCAAAGCCAAGACUCGAGUCUUCAGAGACACGAUGGAGCCUCAGUGGAACGAAGAGUUCGAGAUCGAGCUGGAGGGCUCCCAGUACCUGCGGAUCCUUUGCUAUGAGAAGUGUUACGACAAAAGCAUGCUAAACAAGGAUGACAACGAGAUCGUGGACAAGAUCAUGGGCAAAGGGCAGGUCCAGCUGGAUCCUCAGACAGUGCAGUCCAAGAACUGGCACAUGGACGUCAUAGAGAUGAACGGGAUCAAAGUGGAGUUCUCCAUGAAGUUUACAAGUCGAGACCUCAGCUUGAAGAGAACGCCAUCCAAAAAGCAGAGCGGGGUGUUUGGAGUCAAAAUCAACGUGGUUACAAAGCGCGAGCGCUCCAAGGUGCCUUACAUUGUCCGUCAGUGCAUUGAGGAGGUGGAGAAGAGGGGGAUUGAGGAGGUGGGAAUCUACAGGAUCUCCGGGGUGGCCACUGACAUCCAGGCCCUCAAAUUAGCAUUUGACUCAAAUACCAAAGAUAUCCUGGUGAUGCUGAGUGACAUGGACAUCAACGCCAUCGCGGGAACACUCAAGCUGUACUUCAGGGAGCUGCCGGAGCCUCUGCUCACCGACCGCCUCUACCCGGCCUUCAUGGAGGGCAUAGCUCUCUCAGACCCAGCAGCGAAGGAGAACUGCAUGAUGCACCUGCUGCGCUCCCUCCCCGAACCCAACAUCAUGACCUUCCUCACUCUGCUGGAGCACCUCAAACGCGUGGCGGAGAAGGAACCAAUUAACAAGAUGUCCCUCCACAACCUGGGCACGGUGUUCGGCCCCACCCUGCUCAGGCCCUCAGAGUCGGAGAGCACCAAGCACAUCACCUCAGCCUCCGACAUCUGGUCACACGAUGUCAUGGCACAGGUCCAGGUGUUGCUGUACUACCUGCAGCAUCCUCCCAUCUCCUACGCUGAGCUCAAGCGCAACACGCUGUACUUCUCCACUGACGUUUAAUCCCCACCCACCCCCCUGAGGGCUUCAUCCGGAGACAAAUGUGACAGACUCCCUUGGAACUUUGGACCCGGCCACUCAGCACUCCUGCCUCACCUCUGCCCCAGGCAGGCAGCUCGUCUCCACUGUACAGCCCCCCCUACUCCCCAAACCAUCCCCCUCAUCUGAACCCCCAAGCCGUCCAGGGAUGAAGUGGAGCCAAGCAUGCAGGGAGGUCGCAAAGGAGACUUCCUGUUUUAAUGUGAGGAAAGUAGAACCGCCUCCCACCAAAGCGAUGACCAGCCUCCCUGGGACCCGCACUGGGAAGAGUUACUGGGGAGAUGGGGGUCCAGAGGCCACAGCCUGGUGCAGUGGCACAGGAUAAUACCUAGAUGUGUGUGAAUAUGUGUGUGUGAAUAUGUGUGUGUGAGUGUUUGUGUGAUUUUUUUGUUUUUUUUUGUUUUUGUAAGCCCUUUCAGUCACUGGUUGGAUGAUCUGAGACACCAGCUGACUCAAACUCCAGCUUUUUUCCUAGUCAGAGGCAUUCCAGACAAACGGCAUUUACAGGUUUUGUAAUGAUGCUCAUCAGCUGUUUGUUUCCUUUGUUUUGUAAUCCUGGCUUUAUGCAUGUGGUGGAGGACAAAGGGGUUGUGAGAGUGCCAGUGAUGAUGUACUCGACUGGGUGUGCGUGAGAGUGUGAGUGUGUUUAAGGGACUAAAAGAACUUUGGAAGUGGCCUGGAAGCCAUCCCAAUAAACGACAGGGAUGGUAUUUCUCUGUCCAGACGACAGAGGAUGCUCUUCCCCACUGAUUCUCGGCCAAAUUAUCCCUAUUUAUUUUAAAUAAUAUAGAAUAUGUGUGCCUGUACAGUUUUGUGCGACUAGACAAAUGCUCUAAGGAGUCUUUUUUUUUUGUUUUGUUUUGUUUCUUUGAAGUUUAUUCAGGUAGUGAUGUCAUUUUUAGUCUAGGUUUCGUAUUCACCUUGUCCAUGGUUGGUAAGCUGUACUAAAAAAAAAAGAUCACUAGAAAGUCUGCCAGUUAAUUUCAGAUCACUUUGUAGACGUAGAAGGGCACUGUGUCACAUGAGGGUUGUUUUGGGGGGGAAGGAGAAUAACACAACAUAUGGAAGAAUUGGCUUCUUGUUUCUUCUUCUUGUUGCAUUGGAAGCCUUUUCCAAGUGACUAACUGCACCGGUAUUAUCUGUAGGACGAUGUUUAUAGUUGCCCUCAUGCAUGUUCAGCUUGUCGAUGAAGUCAGGCCAGAUAACACAACCGUGUUGUCUUGUUUCUACAAGAUCCUUGCUAAAACUGGCAAAAAAACAAUAAAUGAAAUAUGUUCUAUGUACAAAGCCAGCCUUUCUGCGCUAUCAAACCUGCAACAUAUCUUAAUAAACUGCAAGCACUGCUAGAUGAGUACUAUUUGAUAUUUUUAAUAUAAGAUUGAAAUAAAAUAACUGUUGUAUUUACUUCAUUUGAGAAGAAUUUCAAUAUACUGUAAUAUUAAAUGUCAAUGUGAACUUUUCCUCUUUUUUUUUAGUAAAAUAAAAGUUAUCAAACAUU